AUGGAUGUAGCUGUUGAGGUUUCAUGUAGCCCGCGGUGUCACCAUAAACUGCCAGUGAUUAUCGAUGCGAGCAUUGUUCAGCCAGCGUUUUUCAUGUGGCUCGCGUGCCGCACUCAUCCGGCAUACAAUGGACCAAGCACGUGCUGCGGUGCUAUUGAUCGAUCGCUGUCGCCAGGUAUAUUUACGGUGAUGUGCUACAAUGUACUCUGCGACAAAUAUGCAACGAGACAGAUGUAUGGUUACUGUCCUAGCUGGGCUCUCGAGUGGGACUAUCGGAAGAAGGGCAUCCUUGAUGAAAUAAGACACUACUCCGCGGACCUCAUAAGCUUACAGGAAGUGGAAACGGAUCAGUUCUAUAACUUCUUUCUACCGGAACUAAAACAAGACGGUUACGAUGGCAUCUUUUCUCCAAAAUCCCGAGCGAAGACAAUGUCUGAGUCAGAAAGGAAAUACGUUGAUGGUUGUGCGAUAUUCUUUAGAUCUGCUAAAUUCUCACUAGUAAAGGAACACCUUAUAGAAUUCAAUCAGCUAGCGAUGGCUAACAGCGAGGGUUCAGACAAUAUGUUAAAUCGAGUCAUGCCGAAAGAUAAUAUAGGUCUAGCAGCUCUUCUGAAAACGAAGGAAGCGGCUUGGGAAAACGGUGUACCAACGGAUUCGUCAACAUUAGCACAACCGAUACUAGUUUGUACGGCACACAUACACUGGGAUCCGGAGUUCUGUGACGUGAAACUGAUUCAAACUAUGAUGUUGAGCAACGAACUGAAGAGUAUUAUGGAGGAUUCAGCAAGGACACUCCGUCUCAGCGGACAGAAGGACAAUGUGCAACUGUUGCUUUGCGGUGAUUUUAAUUCGUUGCCCGAUAGCGGUGUAGUAGAGUUUUUAUCAGCUGGGCGUGUGUCGUCUGAACACAGAGACUUCAAGGAGCUCGGCUACGCGUCAUCUCUCCGUCGUAUGCCGGGCUCGGAGCACGAGUUCACGCACAACUUUAAAUUAGCCUCCGCAUACAGCGAAGAUAUCAUGCCCUAUACUAAUUAUACGUUCGACUUCAAAGGUAUCAUCGACUACAUAUUCUACAGCAAGCAGUCGAUGACGCCGCUGGGUCUGUUGGGGCCGCUGUCUCAAGACUGGUUCAGGGAGCACAAGGUGGUGGGGUGUCCGCAUCCACACAUACCAUCAGAUCAUUUCCCACUGUUGGUAGAGUUAGAGAUGUACCCGCCAUCCGCCAGCAGCAACGGACUGAUCGGGCGCAGGUAG